AUAAAAUUUGCAAACCAGUGUACUUCAUUGUGAUUACUUCGUAAUAAGAAGAAGCAUUCAGUUGAAUUCUUAAAAUUUAUUGCUGGCUGCUUAAGAUGAACAAGUGGAAAUCUUGCUUGAUGGAUGAAAUGCUUAGGGAAUUAGCUGUAAGCCGCCAAUCCAUCGCUCAACAGUCGAGCACAAUAUCGGAUAUCAUUGAUAAGUCGAACAACAUUUUACUGCAACUAGAAAGUUCGCGCGGAAAUACCAAUUCCAACAACAGUUCAAACAACUCUAUCACUCAAAAAAACUAUUCCUUCAAAAAAGAAACUGUACAGACAUUGGCUAAAAUCGUUGAAAACGCACCUCAGCUAUUCAGUGCCAAUAUGCAAACACUUGCAGCCGGAUUGAGCCAAAAUAGUGGCCAAUUUGAAGAGUAUUUGGAGCAUAGUCAUCAGCACGCCGAAUAUUUGGGCAGUGGUGUACGGAAAUUGGUAGCUAUCGGUGAUACGAUGUCCCAAAUUAAGGCUGUCAUUCAAGAGGAAAUGGAGGCUGAAGAUAGCUCUGAUCAAGGCCACUCGCCGUCGAGUGAAUGAUUUUUGGUUGGAUACAAUAUGUAGCAUAAUUUAUGUAUUUAACAAUUUAAAUUUUAAACUUAUCAGUAAUUACAUAUUUGAAAUAGUAUUCAAUAAAUAUGUUAUUAAAUUCAUGAA